AUGGGCAAUCCACGUAAGAACACCCAAAAGGGGUCACCACUCCUAUCACGGAAAUCAAACGAGAAUGGAAGUCUCACUGCUCUGGAACCUGUUCGGCAUGUUCUCUUCCCCGCGAUACCCUACUUUGGCUGCUUACAUUUUCACGUUACCAAGUUUGCAUUCUGCGUGCUGGCCACUGGUUUGCAGCUUUUAAAUUUGUUUCGAACCGUCUGGUGGUUACCGAGGAUCAAAACGGACUACCCUAUUGAUAUUGAAAGAAUCGAUUUUUACCUGGUGGCCGCUAUUCUGCUGAUGUUUGUGGCUCCACCUGCUUAUGAAGCCUUUCAGCGUCUUUAUUGGCGAACCACCAGUCCAACGAGGUGGUUCGUUUAUAGCUUUCUCGGCCUUUCAGGCCUCCUCUCGUGGUGUAUCGUCCAAAUCCACGUUCUCAAGCACAUCAACUACGAGAACUGCAACUUACCUCACAAGUACUUGGGUGUGCUUGUCUUGGUCUGCCAGCCUGUGCUCUUCGCAGUUGUGUAUACCUACGGCCCGGUCAAACGGCUACUAACUGUCUCGACAGAAAAGUUGGCGUCGAAUCUAGCGGGCGCUAAACCCUGGAGCGCUGUCUCCUCACUGCAGACGUGGACCUCAAGUCUUGGCAAAUCGCUGAAGCAAUUGCCCAAAUUGCGAAAAACCAUUCAGCUGCUCGCACGUCAAUACCUUACUCCGGGUACCCCACGCGGCAAAUCCACUGCCCACAGCACCCGCGUGCCGCGCUACAGCUCCUUCUUCCCCACGCGCUACGCCACCGUCCACCAGUCCGCGCGAUCGCUGCCAGCAGCGCUUCGGCACCACUGCCUCUUCUACACGGCGCGUCCGCCGUCUCGCCAGAUGGUCCUGCUGAAGCACAACUGCUCGCGGUGCUCCCCGUUCGCGCAGAAUUCGUCGCCCGGCUCACCGAAGGCGUCCAGUGCCGACGGCGGCGGCGGCAAAGGUGCCUCCCAGGCGGUGCGCGAGGAGGCCGAGGUCUUGUGGGCGGACUUCAAGGCGCGGCUAGUCGACACGGUGGUCGGAACCACUGUUUCCACAUUCUACGCCACCGUCGUGCCUUGUUUGUUCAUUCAAGUUAGUGCUGGCGUUGUCCGUAGAGGCUUUGGGGUGCCCCAUACUCACCUGCUCUGCAAUUUGCCUUCUCCCCAAUUGCGAUUACUCACUCCGCACCGUUUGUGGGAAGGUAGUUGGUGGAAGGGAGUGGCAGAGUCGGGCGAGAGCUUUAACUACGAUGUGGUGUGGUGCGUGGCCCACGCGCUGCUCUGCGGGUCGACGCUUUUCCUCCUGCACUGGCAGUACCUCCUGCCGCCGAGCUACCUCGAUCUGCUGCACCGGUGUGCCGCGCACUUGGGCGGCUGGGAGGUCUGCACCAAGCGCUCGGGCUACGUCAACUGGCAGGCCUGGUCGCAGCUACAGACCUACCCAAGGGGAGCUCGUGUGAAGCAUGUUCGUGGGCUCUAUCAGGCGGUGGGAGGGUCCAACGCCGCUGAUCCGGGCAAUUCGUGCCAUUCCAGAUUAUUUUUUUGGUUCUACUCGCCUACAUUCGUCACCGACGUCCUCUGCUGCGUGGCCGUCGCGAUUGCGCUGUGCCAGCUGUGCUGCCUGGAGUGGGUCCACGAGUGGUACAAGUUGCUGGGCCUGGCCGCCGUCAGCCCCUUCACCCUCCUCAACCUCUACAGCCUCCUGCGGAACCGCUUCGUCAUCUCGUGGGUGUGCGGUGCCAAGAACCCCAUCUACGAGUGCUGCAACCCCUCCUGCUCCACUCCCGCUCGCCACGUCCUUUCACCGGCUUAGAACGUUUGUUUCCUUCCGAAUUGGGGUUUCACUGUCGACGCACUGGACUGCUUUGUGGAGUAUCCGGGUGUCCACGUGGAGAUGAAAUCAACUGAGAAACGGUGUCAGGAGGGGAGGUCUAGCUUAGGUCGUGUCCACUUGAAGCCGUUCACCCGUUUCCUCAGCUGGACAUCUCGACUGAAGUUUGAGCUCACCGACCGACUGUGGAUUGCUCCUCUGGGCCAUUAG